CGGAGGACGCGCUGCGCCAUUGGCUCGUGCGUCUCAGGUUCAAUCGUCCAAUGGGAGCAGGCUUUGUGGUUUAUAUACGUUUACGCACAAUUCCGUUACGUAAAGGUCCCAGCUCCUCUGUCUGCAGUCUCGCAGCGCUUUCCCCUGAUCAAUAACCCAAUUAUUAAUCAACAUGUCUGGUAGAGGAAAAACCGGCGGCAAAGCCCGAGCUAAGGCGAAGACCCGCUCCUCCCGGGCCGGGCUCCAGUUCCCGGUGGGCGAGGUCCACAGGCUACUGCGCAAGGGCAACUACGCGGGAGCGCGGUGCCGGGCUCCGGUGUAUCUGGCUGCGGUGGAGUAUCUGACCGCUGAGAUCCUGGAGCUGGCAGGCAACGCCGCCAGGACAAACAAGAAGACCAGGAUUCAUCCCCCGCACCUCCAGGCUGCCGUGCGCAACGACGAGAGCUCAAACAAGCUCGGGAGUGUGACCCAUCGCCAUGGAGGAGUGCGCCCAACAUCCUAG